AUGUGCCCGAAAGGGAUCUGGGGUCUGAGAGAGGAGGAAGAGAAGCUCAGCCCGGUGGGCGGGGAGGCGCCUCCUCUUUCUGCCCCUUCCGUCUCUCAAUCUCUCCGUCUCUCUCUGUGGCUCCGUCCUGCCUCUCAUUCGGACCCAGGGCCUCGGAGAAGGACGGGAGGGCGAGAGGGGGCGCAACCUGGUGAGGGUCUUCUUCGCUAGCUUGGCCUGGUCCCCGUCUGGUCCCAACAUGAGGAGGCAGGAGCGGCGGGCGCGCAGCCGGAGGAGCUAACCCCCGGGCGGUCCUCUCGCCCCUCUCUCUCCCCGCAGGAGGCCGAGAGAUGCCCGCGGACAAGGCAGGCCCGCUCCGGAACCGACGGCGCCGGCCCCGCGCGCUGCCUGCCCUCCUGCUCCUCUUGCUCCUGGCCUCGGGGCGGGCGGAAGCGGGCCCUGCCGGAGGAGGGCGAGGGCGCGGAGCCGGCAAGGGUAGGAACCGCGACCCGCCUAGCGCCUCGCUGCCGUCGGUGGACAGGAAGACGCUGCUGGAGCUGCUGCUCAAAGCCUUAGCCGAGAGGGACAGCGGCCUCCCGCAGGCGCCCUCGCCUCCCCUCGGGGCCGAGCGGGUCAUCGCCCGACGGUACACCUCCUCGGCAGGAGCCCUUCACGCCCCGGAGCCCGAGGCCAGGCUGGCCGCCUUCUCCUCCUCCUCCUCGUCGUCCUCCAACUCCAGGGAGAGGCUCCCCGGACAGGCGCCGCGCCUCUUCUCCUCGCCCAGGCACUCAGAGGUAUUUCCAAGAGAACCCAACUUAAAAGACAAGUUCAUAAAACACUUUACAGGUCGAGUUACUUUUUCAGCUGAAUGUAGUAAGCAUUUCCACCGACUGUAUCACAAUACACGGGAUUGCUCAACACCAGCCUAUUAUAAAAGGUGUGCAAGGUUGCUGACAAGGUUAGCAAUGAGUCCACUGUGUACGCAGCCAUAAGAGGCCUGUUACGUGUUCCUGCUAAGUCUGAACUCUGGUUUGCCGAGAAAGUGCCUUGAAUUCAAUCCCAAGACAGUAGAGGAGAGACUACAUUUUUUUGAUUUGCAGCCUCAUUUUGCUACUAGAAGCAUUUUAUUUUCCUACAUGAUGGACAUUUCAUGUUUGCGUGAAAGUACAUAUUUUAUUUGUAUUUGUAAAUAUGUUGCCUAUAGCUCAAAUAAGCCAAUUUAUUUAAAUAUGUUGUAUAUAAAGACUACUAAUAAUAUACUAAUUAAAUGUAAUAAUUAUAUGCAGGGAGUUGGUUAGUGUUUGCUGUUCUCUGGUUUCAUUACAUGUACACCAUUUUGCUCAGGCUCUUUCUUUCAUUAUUUGCACUAACUUGAAAUGCAGAAAUCUGUGUAACUGAAAUCUGAAUAAGCUGCAAGAGGGAUGUUUUACUUUCCGUGGAAAAUAUAUUAAGAAGCUUUGGUAAUAUAUAUGCCUAUAUAGUGUAUAUAUUAUUACACAUCAGAACAAAAUGCACAUUGCUUUGGGGAACAUUUUUAAAAGCUGUUCUGGAUUAUCUUCAGUUGCGCUUGUACUGGCAUUUAUGGAAAGAGUUGCAAAUAAUGUAAAUAUAAAAGACUGGAAGACUGCAAUGCAGUUUGGGUGGAAUAAAAUCGAAAUAUACUAUCA